AUGGCCGCCGCCGUCGCCGAACACCCGCGGUUCUUCCCCACGCGCACCGACGCGCUGAGCUCCGAGGACUUUGAAACAGCCUCGAUCCGUUCCGCCGCACCGUCUUACUUCUCAGACGCGCCUUCAUACCACUCCACUGCGCCCAACCCGGAGCCGAUACCCGCAUACUCGCCCCCGGCAAACAACGCCGCCGCCAACCCGAACGGCUCCACCCAGUACCCGACCUCCCUGCUCCCCGCCGCCCCGGCCCCGACCCGCUCUGGCACCACAACCCCUCAGCCCCGCUCCGGCCUGCCCCCGAUCCCGCCCGCGUCAGCCGUUGUUCCCCAGCUCAACAACUUCCGCAUCCCGACAUGGUCCACCGUGCACUCCAACCCGACCCUCAACAACGUCGCCCGCAGGCGCAUGAACCAGGGCGGAGCCGACCCCGUCGCACACCUGCGGCGCUUCAUGUCGGAGCGCAUGGCGGAGGAAGAGGCGGCGCAGCGCGCGAGGGACUUCCGACCGCUCGAGGACCCGUACCUGGUUGGCGAGGAGGCGGCAUCGCGGGCUAGAAGAGAGAGGCUUGCGAGGGAGUCUGGAGACGAUAUCCUGUGGGACGAGGAUCGCCGGUGGAACAGGUUCCUUGCGCAAAUGCAAACUUGGGAAGACCGCGAUCGCAGCCCCUGGAGAAACGUACGUCAGAACGAACCGGUCAACCAGCGCAAGAAGCUGAGCAGGCGCCUCGCGGGACGUCUUUGGUAG